CCUUCCAUCAGGAGGAGAAGAAGAAGAAGAAAUCCGGUGGGGCUCAUCAUCCAUUUUCUGGAAGAGCAGAAAGCACCAGCCAUCUAACGACCGACUAGAAGAGAAGAAAGACAUCCGCCAUCAUGGGGGCCGUUUUGGGAUUGUGCUCCAUGGCGAGCUGGAUCCCGUGUUUGUGCGGCAGCGCCCCCUGCCUGCUGUGUCGAUGCUGCCCCGGCGGCAACAACUCCACGGUGACCCGUCUCAUCUACGCCUUCUUCCUGCUGCUGGGAGUGGGCCUCGCCUGCAUUAUGCUGAUGCCCGGCAUGGAGGCUCAGCUCAAGAAGAUUCCGGGUUUCUGUGAAGGCGGGUCGGGCUCGUCCAUUCCCGGUGUGGAGGGCCACGUGAACUGCGACGUGCUUGUCGGCUACAAGGCUGUGUACCGCGUUUGCUUCGGUAUGGCCAUGUUCUUCCUGCUCUUCUCUCUGCUCAUGAUCAAAGUGAAGAGCAGCAACGACCCCAGAGCGGCGCUGCACAACGGCUUCUGGUUCUUUAAGUUUGCUGCAGCUGCUGGCAUCACUAUCGGAUCAUUCUUCAUCCCAGAAGGUCCCUUCACUACUGUGUGGUUCUACAUCGGUAUGGCCGGAGCCUUUUGCUUCAUCCUCAUCCAGCUGGUGUUGCUCAUCGACUUCGCCCACUCCUGGAACGAGUCCUGGGUGGAGAAGAUGGAGGAGGGCAACUCUCGCUGCUGGUACGCAGCUCUGCUGUCGGUCACCGCGGUGAACUACCUGCUGUCUCUGGUGUCUCUGGUCAUGUUCUACGUCUACUACACCCACUCCGACGGUUGCACCGAGAACAAGGUCUUCAUCAGCAUCAACAUGCUCCUGUGCGUGGCGGCCUCCGUCCUGUCCAUCCUGCCUCCCAUCCAGGAGUCCCAGCCCCGGUCCGGCCUGCUGCAGUCCUCCCUGGUCACCCUGUACACCAUGUACCUGACCUGGUCUGCCAUGACCAAUGAGCCCGACAGGAAAUGCAACCCGAGCCUUCUGGGUAUUAUCGGGCUGAACAGCACCAGUCCAGCAGGGCAGGACAACGUGGUCCAGUGGUGGGACGCCCAGGGCAUCGUAGGAUUGAUCCUCUUCCUCAUGUGUGUCCUCUACUCCAGCAUUCGCAACUCGUCCAACACUCAGGUGAACAAACUGACCCUGACCAGCGACGAGUCCGCCUUGAUCGAGGAGGGGCCGACGGCCGCCGGCUUCGAGGAGGGAGGAGGUGGCCGAGCAGUGGACAAUGAGAGGGACGGCGUCACCUACUCCUACUCCUUCUUCCACUUUAUGCUCUUCCUGGCGUCGCUCUACAUCAUGAUGACGCUCACCAACUGGUACAGCCCUGACUCCAACUACCAGGCCAUGACCAGCAAGUGGCCGGCGGUGUGGGUCAAGGUCUCCUCCAGCUGGAUCUGCAUUGCCCUGUACGUGUGGACGCUGGUGGCCCCGCUGGUUCUGGUCAACAGAGACUUUGAAUGAAACGGUCUCUACCGCUCACCCACAUGCUCUGCUUCACCUGUGUUUUUGUUUUGAGCAAAAAAAGACGUCGCUAGCAAGCCCCCACGCGCAUCAGGUCGUUCUGCAGCAGAGGGGCCGGGGGGGGGCGUAGGGUCCGGGGGGGGUGUUAUGGAUCUGUGGGCUUAUCCACGUUCUCAGCCCUGACUGCAGCCUGGCUCCUCUGCUGCAAAGUGCCGACCUGUUGAAGUAACCUCAUCCAUAGCGUUUGCCUCUGUAAAUACGUCCCAUGUUGUUCUUUCAAAAGGCAGAGCUGCAUGUUUUUCCUCUUCUCAAACGAAUGUGAACAUUAGCUGAAGCCUGCGUGAGGACGGUGACGGCUCCACGGACUGCAGGGUUACGUGGGGACGGCCGCCGCCGUCCUCUGCUGGAUUCAGUUGUGUGUGAGCAUUGCUGAGGUGGUAACUUACGCUAGCAGCGUUGUGUGUGCACGCUCACAGUAUUCAGUGUUCUGCUGUCACGUAUUAAAGAUCUGCCGGCUGCACGUGUCCUCUGCAGCUCGUACAGGACAAAAGGCCCUCCUGUUUGUGUAGCUUCUGAUUUUAAUUGUUUGAACUUUAAAACAGAAAAUUGAAAACUCGAUAAAUGAUGUGGUAGCGUUUAGUUUGCAUUUGUAUGAUUGUCUCUCCUGUGCUAUUAUAACUCGUUUAAUAAAACUGAAGGAAAAGGA